GCGGCUUCAUAAACACCUCAGCAUUUUGCUCUGCGCAACAGUACAGCUGGCCACUCAUUCUGAGCUGAACUACUACUGCACUGUUCUGCUGCCAAGAGAAGGCUGUGUUUCCUUCGAAGAACUAACUGUCAUCUACUUCAAACUUAGCUGUUGCUUGUGCAGAACAACUUUAUUGAGAAACAACUGCAUUUCUACUGCUGAUCUAGAAACAGGCAUGUAUGUCAACAAGUCUGAAGAACAGGGGCCAUUCAGAGGAGGGUCUUUGGACUCGGUAAACCCUGCUAAUGAGGAGAAGCAGCUCAACAAUGAAGCCAGUACAUUAGGAGAGCAUCAAGACAAUAGGACCGUCUCCACUGGAAGGCCCACCAGCUCCAAGAGAGAUGUUUCAACCAUAAUAUUUUCACUGAAAAAUGAAGUCGGUGGUCUCAUCAAAGCACUUAGGCUUUUUCAGGAAAAACACGUCAACCUUGUUCACAUUGAGUCCCGCAAGUCCAAACGUAGAAAUUCCGACUUUGAGAUCUUUGUGGAUUGUGACACUGACAAUGAACAGCUCAAGGAGCUGACUCAGCUGCUAAGGGAGCAUACUGAUAUAGUUGAGAUAACUCCAUCAGAGAACUUCACUAUACCUGAGGAUGAUAUGGCUGUGCCCUGGUUCCCACAGAAGAUCUCUGAAUUGGAUCUGUCUGCAAACAGGGUUUUGAUGUAUGGCUCUGAGUUAGAUGCUGACCAUCCGGGAUUUAAAGACAACAUGUACCGUAAAAGAAGAAAAUAUUUUGCUGAUUUGGCCAUGAGCUACAAACUUGGCGAUCCUAUUCUUCGUGUAGACUUCACUUCAGAGGAGGUGCGUACCUGGGGGGUGGUGUACAGGGAGCUCAACAAGCUGUACCCCGGCCAUGCCUGCAAGGAGUACCUGAAGAACCUGCCCCUGCUGACCAAAUACUGCAACUACAGCGAGGACAACAUCCCACAGCUGGAGGACGUCUCACACUUCCUCAAAGAGCGCUCAGGCUUCAUCAUUCGGCCAGUAGCAGGGUACCUCUCCCCCAGAGACUUUCUGGCGGGCCUGGCCUUCAGAGUGUUCCACUGCACUCAGUAUGUCCGCCACAGCUCUGACCCUUUGUACACUCCAGAGCCAGACACGUGCCAUGAACUGCUGGGUCAUGUUCCUCUGCUGGCUGAGCCCAGCUUCGCCCAGUUCUCUCAGGAGAUUGGUUUAGCUUCGCUGGGAGCUUCAGAUGAUGCUGUUCAGAAACUGGCCACAUGUUAUUUCUUCACAGUGGAGUUUGGUCUCUGUAAGCAGGAGGGCAGGCUCAGGGCCUAUGGAGCUGGACUCCUCUCCUCCAUCAGUGAACUCCAGCAUGCUUUGUCUGGCAAGGCCCAUAUCCUUCAGUUUGACCCCGUGGUGACCUGUAACCAGGAGUGCAAAAUAACUACGUUCCAAGACGUUUACUUUGUUUCUGAGAGUUUUGAGGACGCCAAGAACAAAAUGAGGGAAUUUGCUAAGACCAUUUGGCGUCCAUUCACAGUACGCUACGACCCCUACACCCAGAGUGUGGACGUCCUGAAGGACACCAACAGCAUCAACAGCAUGGUGAAAGACAUCCGACAUGAGCUGGACAUUGUAGAAGACGCCCUAAACCGACUCCACAAACAUCUGAAGGACUGAGGAGGGGUCAGAAAACACUAUAUGGAGUUUAAUCAAGUUAUAAUUAAACAGUACUUGUUGCCUCAUGAUUGGCCAGACAUAUAAAUGUUGUGUAAAGCUGCCGACUCUUAAAAAAAAUAACAGAAAAGUGAGGGAUAUGUACACGACCAUCCAGCUCUAAGAAGAGGUUUAAUCAAACAAGUAAAAAGACCUGUGUGGGUGCACCGUGCUGUAUUUCCCCCCAAAAAGCAGUUCAAUAAGCAUGUUAAUCCCGACUGAUGCUGCUGGCGUCUUUACACAGGUAUGCAUCACAACAAUAUGCUUAUAUCUAUAUAUUUGGCAGUAUUUACAUUUUAAAUUGACAGGUCACUU